AAGCCAAUCGCACUAUUGCAAGUUACUGAGGAUCUGAACUUGUUCUUAUGGGUAUACGAUGGAUACGGGGGCAUGCAAUUCUUAUUUAGAGUCAUCCUAUCCUCAAUCCCUGACAGGAUUAAGGUCAAAAUCGACCUUAAUCUUAGAUUUCUUGGCGACUUUGCAGACCUUAAUCCUGCAGAAAAGGAUUAA